AUGGCAGACCUCCCUGGCCGCACCUCGGCAGACGAGGACUGGCAGGAUAUAGACACGGACGGCUUUUCAGUCUUGUCCUUGUCAACAGACGUCGAAGAUGAUGAGCAGGAUAAAGACCAUCAGGCAGCUGCUUCGUGCGAUUCAUCUCUGGCCGACGGGUAUGGAGCACGACAAAUCGCGACCAGACGCUCGUUCGAGACGGACACAACCCUGCUACCGGCAUAUGUGGGACCACAGGAGGCCGGGCACAUCCCGGGCUCACAAGCUACAGAUGGAAAGUCCACAACAAGUGCAGGCAAGGACGACAAGGACGAGGACGACAAGUCCAUGAGGGAGACUGACGUUGCAGCAACAGCAGAGCUUCCGCACAGCCACAGCCACAGCGAAGAUCCCGAGAUCGACGCCGCAGUAGCCAGCGACGGAUCGAACCCAGAACAUAUGCACAAGCUCAUCACCUCGAACAUCAAACUCCUCGACGAGGUCGUCCUCGUCACAGCCCUCUCCGAGCUCAAGGUCUUUGACCGCCUACCGGAGCUCAAGGCCCAGUGCAACAAGCUCACAGACCAGCUGGGCACCCUCGCACCAAUCGCCAGGACAUAUGCCAGGCACUGGCGACAGCAGCAGCAGCAGCCCGCACAAGCCCUGGACGACGACGACGAACCCUUGCCGCUAGACCCGGGCCUGCACGACUGGCUGACCCGGCUGCGGACCGCCGCGCUGAGCGUGCAGAGAUACAUGCAGCAGGUUCUCCAGGAGCAGGUCCGGGCGGAGGACAAGGAGAUGGCGUACUGCAUCACCUUGCUUGCGGACUCGUGGCGGCAGAUGCACGAGUUUCUCCCCAUCAUCGAGGCCGAUUUCGACGAGUUCCAGACUGCCGAGAUGACCUUCCAGUCACUUACCAAUCUCGACACCAACGACUUUGAGGGGAAGGGAAAGGGAAUCGCCGUGGAUUGGGCGGAGGAGGAGGAGGACAAGGACGUGGGGAACAGACCGGACUCACCCACGGUAUCAUCCCCCCAGCCGCUGCGUAGACCACCGCAAACCUCGGCGCCGGCCCUGUCUCUGUUCCCAGAGCUCAGGACGCAACGGCAUGACAACCUGCCGGCAAGACGACAGGAGAACGCCAACCAAGGGAUCGGCCGUCUCCGCCGCGAGCUCUACAGCCUCAAAGACCAGCUGGGCGACAGCCUCGACGAGCUGCGCCAGCUCCAACGGCGCCGGAGCACGCUGAUGACGACGACGCAGGGCAGCGACCGCGCCGCCUCGAGCAGCCAGCACAGGCUGCUCGGCGACACCACCGCGUCGUACGACAGCCUCAAGCUCGUCCUGGAGCGGCUCCUCUCCAACAGCCCGUCCGACUGGCUCGACGACGGCAUUGUCGGGGCCGUGGGGGACGAGCACGGCGGCGAGGGCAGCGGCGGCAGUCAUCUGUCGUAUGCCGAGUUUGCGCGGAUCAGCCCGGACGUGGUCUCCCUGUGGCGCGCUCAGCUCCGGGAGGUCACGACGGACAUGUUCCUGGCGCGGUGCCGCGUGGACAGCGUGUCGUGGACGCACGAUCCGGAGGGGGUGCUCCCUGCCGAGGAGAGAUGUGGAGAGGUGUUGGCUGACAGGCUGCAGGCGCUCAGCACCAUUGCGGACGUACUCGUGCCCAUGUUUGUGAGGGACAGCAGUGGCGGUGGUGGCGGUGGAGGAUGA